UUUAUACAAUACAAGGUCGUCUGGAACUGGUUAUAGUUAUAGUAUAAGUUAUAGAUAUCUAGGGUUAUAUACAUCUAAUUUAAUGUUUAAAAAUGUUUCUCGGUAAAAUUGGUGCAGAUCUAUACAAAAAAUGUAUCGCUGCACGAAAGGAUGUAAGGAAUGUGACAUUAUUCACAACUAAAUAUAAGAGAUUUUCUUCUUUUAGUGGAGUAGCUACAUCAAAAGCAAAAAGCAGCGUCCCAGUUUCACAUUUUACAACUGCCACCAAGUACAACUACUCUACAUCAGUCAGACCACAGAUGACGGCCACUUUACAACAAUGGAAGAAGAAGAAAAGAAAAAGUAAAGCUCAACAAAAAAAUGAAAUGGAACAGUUACAGCAAGAUCUUGUCAAAAUUUUAACAAAAAGAGCAAUCCAGCUAGUUAAAAACAAGUCGCUUUUAGAUGCUCAGCGUAGAGUCAUCUUGACUCAUGCAUUCACAAAUAUGUCUGGUGGAAAUGAUGGUGAAAAUCACUUGUCUCUUAUAUCUUCGGAAUCUUGUGAGUCCGCCGCCCUGUCAAAGUUCAUCAAUAAAAGUGACUUCAUCGCCCAUCAAGUAGAGGCUCAUUUAACAAACCCCAAGAGACAAAACAUGGGACAACAUGUCAAGCAACAAACUCUAAAGGCUCUCAACGGAUACCAACAUGCUCCAGCGAGACCUGCAUCACAGACAAACACAUUUCUCUCUUCGGCCGUCACAUUAAAACACUCUGCUGUUAAAACACAGACAAAACAGCCUAGAAGUGCACGGAAGUCUUUUUUAUAUUCUGAAUUAUUCCCAGAGAGUUUAAAGAGCCAUUCUAUUUUACCCACUAAGGAAUCAAAUUUUGAAUCAAAUUUCAAAAACUUUGUGGCCGAAAUAGAAAUAGCUAGAAACAAAAACCUUGAUGUUAGUCAUAGCUGGAGAGAGGAGUAUCAUAGUACUGAUGCAGAAAAGUCUCCUCUUUCUACAGGUUUUGUCAAUGAAAAUAACACUAAUACAGUUCAGGUAACAUCAGCUUUGCACCCAGAGGUUGUGAUUGGGGGCAAAGUGAAGCAGGAUCUCCAUAUAAGAAGGGAUUCAAUCAAACAACAGCUGACCAUUCCAUCAGACAUCCCGCCGAGUCUAUCAUCUCCUGCUAUCAUUCCACCCAGUUUCAUCACCGCUCAUAACACAGAGCAUGCUGUUGAUGUUCUGUACGAUGCUUGUGUUCAUGACGGUACGGUGGCUGACAGUGAGGAGGCACUUGAGGAAUCCAGCUCGGUCAAGUCCAGUGCUGCAGUAGCUGGUGUUAAAGGCAAAUACCUUAAAGAUGGCAAGACCAUGAGAACAUCGGCUAAAGAGGCUGAUAAAGUGAAAGUGUCUCAUCAAAACCACAAAAAAUAUUCUAAGUUAUCUAAUCUCAAUGUGAGUAAUGAACUCCAGGAACUGAUUGAAAAGUCAUUUGUUGACGCCUGCUGCUUUUCCGGAAAUGUUUUACUAGCUGUGAGAAACCUACAGUAUUUAUCUUUGAAACAAAAGAUUUCCUCUGUUGAUGUUUUCAACAGACUUAUUCACUCACUCGCUAAAAAGAAAGAUUUGAAAACUGUAAAGAUCUUGUUUGCGAUGAUUGUAAAACAGGGGCUGUCUCCAACUUUACAGACAUAUGCAGCUUGUUUAGAGUGCUUUGGGCGAAUGAAUAAAUUUGAUGUUGUCCAGUGUCAGAAACUUAUUAGUGAUGCAAGAAACAAAGGUCUAGAUAUUGGUGAAAUAGCAAAUCAAUGCAAUUUUGAAUCUGAUGAAUUUAACUUUGUUUUAAAGGCUAUAAAAGCCGUGGAGCCCACAUUCCAGCCCAACCCUCCUCACUAUGACUUGAAAUACAAGCAUGAACUGCUGACAUAUUUGAACACACCAAAUAAUGAGGCCUUAGAAAAGAACCAAUAUGCCCUAGACAUGAGCAAGUCAGACAUGAUGCAAAGAGUUACUGCCCAGCUUGAGAUGGAGCAGAAGGGAGAAGUGGUUGUAGAUUCUAUCUACACCAAUAGUAAAGGAAACAGUGAAAAAAUGAAAUGUUUACAAAAGAAAGUCCUGGAGAGCUGGAAUAAAGUUUUACUUGAUGCUUUUCAAGAAAGACUUCUAAGUCUAGAGAAGAAAGCUAAAGAUAAUGGGAACAUGACAUUGUACCCCUAUUUGAAGUUACUUCCUCCUGAGGAUUAUGUGAAAAUUAUUUUUACUUGUCUCAGAGAGCUGUUUUCAUCUACGGAAGGCUACAGUCCAGCACAGACCACCAUUAAAAGUAUGCUGGGGCAGGCUGUCAAUCGGAGGUACAAUAUUGCCUAUAAGACAGCGGCAGGUUUGGAUGAGAAGAUCUUAACUUUGUAUACAAAUUAUAUGGACAGUUACCUAGACAAAGACUAUGUGUUAGACAAUCACAGGUGUAUGUGGCUGAGGGCUAUGGGUGAAAACUUUGACACUGUCAAUAUGGAUUUAUCUCAAAAGAAAUGGCCUGGUCCUAUCCAUAAGGAGAUUGGCAAUUUUCUGCUGGAUAUGAUUUUGUAUGAUCUCAAAAUUAAUGCAAAUUUACUGCGGCCCAGCUUACCUCAGAGAAUGGUUCCUGCUUUCAGUACCAUAUAUCGUCCAGAUAUCACAAUGUUAAGCUCAUCAGAAAUAAAGCUUCAUCCCAUAGUGGCCAGGCUGUUCAAGGUUGAUAGUAUUGAAUCUUUUACCUUUGAUCCUAGCAUAGUACCCAUGUUGUCUCCCCCUGUGCCUUGGGUGUCUAAAAACAUUGGAGGACUUAUGCUUGGUUCUCCUGCGCUUAUCCGCAUGGGGUAUGAUAUGCAUCAUCUGGACAUUCUGAAAAAUGUGAAAGACUCCCAGUUCCCGGCAGUAUUGGACAGUCUAAAUACUCUCAGUGCUUGUGCCUGGAUAAUAAAUAAACCGGUCUUGGACCUUCAGAUAGAGAUAUUUAACAGCAAUGGAAAUUCUUUAUUGAAAAUUUCUCCACCUGCUGCUGAUCUCCCCCCCUUGCCUACUAUCAAAGCAGAAAUGACCAUGAAAGAUAAAGCUACAGUCUACAGAGAGAGGAUGCAGCUCCAGCAGCAAAAGCAAGAUGUCCAUGGAUUGUGGUGUUCAGAUCUUUAUAGACUCUCCAUCGCCAACAAAUAUCGUGAUGAGAUCUUUUGGUUUCCUCAUUCCAUGGAUUUCAGAGGGCGGACAUAUCCUCUGCCACCUCAUUUCAACCAUUUAGGGAGUGACAAUGUCCGAGGCAUGCUGCUGUUUGCUAAAGGGAAACGACUUGGAGAGAAAGGUUAUGAUUGGCUGAAAAUUCAUUUGGUGAAUUUAACAGGUUUUAAAAAAAGAUGUUCCAACCAAGAGAGACUGGACUAUGCUAACAGCAUUAUGGACUUGAUUCUGGAUUCAGCUGACAGACCAAUGACAGGUAACAAAUGGUGGCAAAAGGCUGAUGAGCCCUGGCAAGCCUUGGCAUGCUGCAUGGAGAUAGCAAAAAUUGAAAGAUACACUGGCAGAAAGGAAGAUUACAUUUGUCACUUCCCAGUGCAUCAGGAUGGCUCAUGCAAUGGCCUCCAGCAUUAUGCAGCUCUAGGUCGAGAUCAAGCUGGAGCUGAGUCUGUUAACCUCCAUCCUUUUGAAAAUCCAAAGGAUGUGUACAGUGAUGUGGUGGAACUGGUUGAAAAAAUUAGAAAGAGAGAUGCUGAACAGGGGAAUGAAAUUGCAAAAGUUUUGGAAGGAUUUGUCAAACGAAAGGUGAUUAAGCAAACCAUCAUGACUACAGUCUAUGGAGUGACUCGGUUCGGGGCUAAGCUUCAGAUCCAUCGCCAGUUGAAGGAUAUCAAAGACUUCCCAAUCGAACAAGCAUGGCCGGCAAGCAUUUACUUGACCCAUACGACCUUCAGUUGUCUGAGAGAAAUGUUUACUGCCACUAAAGAUAUUCAGGACUGGUUGACAGAAACUGCUAGACAGAUUUCAACUUUUGCUCCCGUUGACUGGGUUACUCCCCUUGGUUUUCCUGUUCUUCAACCUUACUUUAAGAAAAUUUCUAAGGCUGAAACUAAACAUGACAAAUUUAAACCUAAUGGCAUGAAACAAAAGAAUGCCUUCCCACCAAACUUUAUCCAUUCCCUGGACUCUACGCACAUGAUGUUAACAUCUUUGUAUUGUAUGCAUGCUGGUACUACUUUUGUCUCUGUUCAUGACUGCUACUGGACCCAUGCAUGUGAUGUGCCUAUUAUGAACAAAAUCUGCAGGGAACAAUUUGUCAGCAUGCACAAACAGCCAUUGUUGGAAGAUUUGUCUGAACAUUUGAUUGACCAAGUGAAGAAAUACUCUCAACUACCUCAUUUGCAAGAGGAACUAAAAGACAAAAAUGUAGCCUCAUUAUUGAAACUGCUGACUGAUAUUCCAAGAAGAGGUACAUUUGAUUUAAACAAUGUCCUCAAGUCAACUUAUUUCUUCAGUUGAUUUAGACUAUUUUGACUUUGAAAUGCAGGAAAGGAAAAAGACUUGAGUCAUUUUAGUUUCUAUGUAUAAAAGAAAUACUACUUUGACAAAAAAAUACUAAGCCCAAUCAAUGAAGGCCUAGUGGAAAUGAUGAGAAUGCUGCUUCGCUCAAAAUAAAACUUCCUAACUCAAUGGACAAGACAUUAAGCAAUUGCUUGAGUAAAAGCCUGACCGUUGACUGAUUCACUAAAGAAGAUGUCUUCUGGCUAGGAGAGGAAUAGAAAUUUGCUUGUGUUUACCAUUGCACCAUCUUUACCGUGUACAGCAAAGGUUUUAUGAUGAUAAGUGAGAGAUAAUUGGAUACUAUCAUGACAGUAAUGCUGCCUAACAAAUCUAACAUUGGUAAAUCAUGUUACCAUUACAUGAAUUUUAUCUAGCUCAAGGCUGUCCACCUUUGUGACUGUCAUACAUCUUAUUUUGUAUUCUACUUUAGAUAUAUCUUAAAACCUUGCCAGUUCUGGGUUUAAAAACCAAGGGAAAACAACAUUGGUCUGUUGUAUGUAGAUGAAAUUAUAAGCCAUAAUUGUUGAUCAAAUUUUUUUUACUGAAUAUUUUUCAGCCUAAAGUAAAUGUAAUCCACACUAUUAAUUUGCUCAGGUUCUGUAAAAGGAAUAGUUAGUUUGAUCCUGUAACUAGUGUCAUGUACAAGAAAUCUGGUAUAAACAUCUUAAUGUUUGUACAGAACUAUGCAUCUGAAGAAAAAGUCUAUCAAAACUUUGCUAGUUGAAAAAAACUUCAACAUUAAGUAACCUGAUCCUUACAGUUUGUAAUUACAUUACAUGUGAUUUCUCUUCUUUACAUAAGUAACCUCUAUUUACAAUCUCUAAUUGAAAUAAUGGGAUUCAACUUGACCUUGUCCUUCUUGCUGAGGAAGAACUAGUCAACACGAUGUUAAGGGUAAUAGUCUUGUGUGUUUGGUUGCAGGGAUGCCAUCAACUAUUUGCUGUUUCUAUGUGGAUUGAUGCACCGGUAUCUAAUGAGAAAAUGUAUUGCUUGACUUCCAUUGGUGAUCCUCUCAGAACUGUGUAUCUGGUCUUUGGAAACAUUUCAGAAAGAAAAUAAAUGAAAAAUGUUUUCCUUAGAAGCACAUGACUAAAAGUGUUCCACUGAAAAUUUAGAGCGGCAGAUUAGCUUUCAAUGUUUUGAUUCCUAUACGCAGAAAGACAUUUCCAUGUUUUGUAAAUUCCUCAUUUUCAACUUGUAUAUGUGCCAUUAGAGUAUGGGCUGCCUGAAUCAGCCAGGUAAACCAGUGACUAAAAGAUUUAGUCUCUAAUUCACAUGCACGGCUAGAUUAAACACAUGGGAUGUGUGUAGGAGGCAAUGAUUUUGUUUUGAAGAGUGUCUGUAAUUUAUAAGAUGAGAAAUAUAGCUCUACAGAAGGACAAUGUCUGUUUCUGUUUUUUAUUAAGAGCACAUGAUGAAAGUAAUUACACAAAUUGUUUAUAACUUUGUUUAGAUGUAGUGAAAUCUAUAAAACAUUUUUUUUUUUGCUCUUCCAUAGGUACAUUCUAAUUAAACAAUGUUCUUAAGAUUUCUAUAAAUUGUUGCAUAUUAGAAUUAAGAACAAGUUGUAUCUACUGCUAGCUGUUAGAUGUUGUUUAACUAGUAGAUGGGCUGGUAGAUGUACACAUCUGCUGGUAUUGGGAGAUAUAAAACAGCUGGUAGAUGUAGGUCUGCUGGUAUUGGGAGAUUUAAAUCAGCUGGUAGAUGUAGGUCUGCUGGUAUUGGGAGAUUUAAAUCAGCUGGUAAAUGUAGGUCUGCUGGUAUCAGCUCUUAGGGUUCGGAAAUAAGAUGUGAAUUAAAAUCAGCACUUUAAGAGUAUAUAGAGACAGAUCUAUGUAUAUUUGGAAGUACAAGGACUAUCCAUGCUCAAGAUAGCUGAGCAUGUAGAACACCAAUAACCUUGGACUAAGAAAACACCAAAUACUUAUAUACUGUACUGACUUGUGCCAAUAUAAAAGUAUCCAUCUACAUACUAUCCAUUAUUUCUAAUUGCUAUUUGGAUCUCAGCAAUGGGUGACAUUAACAUUGCUUGUAUAAACACAUUGUUCAAUGGACCUCAUUCACCAAUCGUAAACAAACAAUAUAUAGCCACAUGAUUCUCUAUCUCUUCUAUACAAAUUACGAUCUAAUUUUAAUACACAGUGGCUAUCACAAGACAGUUUUUUUUUUCGUUCUUUUAUCAAUAUUAUCACGUGACUAAAUGUUUGUUUACGAUUGGUGAAUGAGGUCCAUUGUUAACAAAAGAAAAGUGACAAAAAGCUUAAUUACUUCAUUAGGUCUGGGUAGACCAAGUUGUUCCCAUGUGACAAGAAAUUCACUUUAUUUUAUCUUGCUGCCGAUGCAUGCUUAAUUGUUGCUUUUGUUUUCUAAUAAUUAGAUUGUAAGGGCUUGUAGAUUUAAGUCCUGAAUUUGUGUGCUUGCAAUGUCGUUAUAAAGAGUUUGUCAGAGAGUUUGUCAAAAUAGAGAAUGAAGUGAUAAAGAAAUGAUAACAGAGCUGGUGCUCAAAUAUGCCUUGAGUUUUACUUUUUAUAUUGUAACAAUUGCCAAAUUUAUCUGUGAUAUAAUUAUUAUGCAAAUAAUAAAAACAUAAACUUUGAAAAAAAAUUGCUGUUCAUUCUUUGUUUGGGUCA